AUGGGUUCCAAAACUAUCAAGCUUCCCACCAUAGAUUUCUCCGAGGUCAAACAAGGUACUCAUACGUGGGACUUGGUGAAAAAUCAAGUCCGCCAGGCCCUAGAAGAAUACGGUUGUUUUGAGGCUUUAUUUGAUAAAAUUCCAAAAGGAACUCGAAAAGCAACAUUUGAUGCAUUAAAAGAGCUUUUCGAUCUUCCUUUACAAAUUAAGCUGAAAAACAGAUCAAACAAGCCCUACCAUGGUUAUGUUGGCCAACAUGCCUUGGUUCCACUCUAUGAGAGCUUGGGUAUUGAUAAUGCACUAGCCCUUGGAAAGAUGGAAAAAUUCACUAAUCUCAUGUGGCCAAACGGAAACCCUAUUUUUAGCGAGGCCGUACAGUCCUUCUCGGAACAAUUAUCAGAAUUAGAUCAAAUAGUUAGAAGGAUGACUAUUGAGAGCUUGGGAGUUGAAAAAUACAUGGAUGAGCACAUGGAAUCGACAGAUUACCUUGUUCGAAUGCAGAAGUACGAUGGACCUCAAAGCAAUGAGACGAAGCUCGGAUUGACUUCCCACACUGAUAAGAACAUUGUAACCAUAUUGUAUCAAAGUGAGGUAACUGGAUUAGAGAUCUUAACUAAAGAUGGCCAGUGGAUUACUGUUGAACCCUCACUUGACUCUUUCAUUGUCAUGAUUGGAGACUCUUUCCUUGCAUGGUCGAACGGCAGACUUCAUUCUGCGUUUCACCGAGUAAUGAUGACCGGAAAUGAAGCAAGGUACUCGAUCGGGUUAUUUUCGAUCCCAAAAGCGGGCUAUAUAAUUAAGGCCCCAGAAGAGCUAGUAGAUGAGGAACACCCCUUACUCUUCAAACCCUUUGAUCAUGUUCAGUUUCUUGAUUUUUACUACUCCGAGGCUGGCCGGAAACUGCAAUAUGCGUUGCAAGCUUAUUGUGGUGCAUGA